UUGAGUCAGGUCGAAAAGUGAAUCCAAGUCAGGUGCACGGCCUUUUUUUAUUUUUUCGUCAAAAUAAAUAAAUAAACGAGUUUAAUCUGAAUAGAAUUCAUAAAAGUGGAGCUUGAAUGGUUUGGAGACAAAUGGCCCAACCUUAUAGGCUAUAGCAUCCCCGCGCAGACAGAAACGCCGUAAACUAAACUAGAUAGAGAAGUUAAAGGCUAUGGGAUUAUUAACAAGUGUAAGAUUUCAGCAGCGCCGGGUAAUCCCAUUUCCACACUCCUAUAAAUCCCAUCAAAAUCCAGACCUUAUUUCACAAACUUGCAAUUACCCAAUUCCAUCUGCACGUUCGGGAAGAAGAAUCCCAAUAGUGACUGUGAGAGCACUUUCAACGAAGGCAGCAUCGGCAUCCACACCACCAUCCAAAAUGGUCAAAGCCAUUAGGGUUCAUGAACACGGUGGUCCCGAGGUUCUCAAGUGGGAGGACGUGGAAAUAGGUGAGCCGAAGGAGGGGGAGAUUCGAGUGAAAAACAAGGCCAUUGGGCUUAAUUUCAUCGAUGUCUAUUUCCGGAAAGGAGUUUAUAAGGCCCAUGAUUUGCCCUUCACUCCUGGUACAGAGGCUGCUGGGGUGGUGACAGCUGUGGGCCCUGGACUGACUGGCAGGCAAGUUGGAGACCUUGUAGCUUAUGCUGAUAAUCCAAUGGGCUCAUACACUGAAGAGCAAAUCCUUCCUGCGAACAAGGUUGUGCCUGUUCCUUCCUCUAUUGAUCCUAUCAUUGCAGCAUCUAUAAUUCUUAAGGGUAUGACGGCUCAAUUUCUACUCCGCCGUUGCUUUAAGGUUGAACCUAGACACACAAUCCUUGUUCAUGAAGCAGCUGGUGGAGUUGGAUCUAUAUUAAGCCAGUGGGCUAAUGCCCUAGGUGCCACUGUCAUUGGAGCUGUCUCAACCAAAGAGAAGGCAUCUCAAGCCAAAGACGAUGGAUGCCACCAUGUUAUAAUCUACAAGGAAGAGGAUUUUGUUUCUCGUGUCAAUGAGAUAACAUGUGGCAAUGGGGUUGAUGUUGUCUAUGAUUCCGUAGGAAAAGAUACCUUUCAGGGAUCAUUGGCAUGCUUAAAGACUCGUGGGUACAUGGUUAGUUUUGGGCAGUCAUCGGGUACACCAGAUCCAGUUCCAUUGUCAGCUCUUGCUGUAAAAUCCCUCUUUUUGACAAGGCCUUCCCUCAUGCAAUACACUGCUACUAGGGAUGAGUUAUUGGAAACUGCUGCGGAGGUAUUUGCUAAUGUUGCAUCAGGAGUCCUGCGGGUUCGAGUGAAUCAUACUUACCCUUUAUCUCAGGCAGUACAGGCACAUGUAGACCUUGAAAGCAGGAAGACAUCUGGAUCUGUUGUGCUUAUCCCAUAAGGCAUCCUGCAGUAAGUCCUUACUUCCAAAUUUCUUAGUGGUAUAUCAUUUUGAAAUGCCCUGUAGUUCGUGUGGUGUGCCGAAAGAAUGUGAAUGUCCUCCGGAGAAGAGUAAUUUGGAGAAGUGAUGAUUUUAUCUUGCACGUGAAAGCAUUAGAUUUGUCGUCUCUUAAAAGGUUGGACAUAGAAAGACCGGUAGAAUGUAACAUAUGGAUCGAGAAUGAUAAUGGUGUGAACC